GGGGAAGCGAGCACUCGUUCUACGUCUAGCACAGUUUUCCUAAGUCGUUUCUUCAGGUUUUUCAUCAAACAUUUGGCGUAUUGUUUCAAUAACGAAGGACGCGAUGCUUUCAAGUAUGUGGAAUCGAAGUCUGCCGGUAUUGUUGCUAGUUUUAACUCUAACUUCAGCCUUCAUUGUCGAAAAUGAUUUGUCAGAAAGUUCCUUAUCACAAGAUAUUCUGGAUGCUGAUGAAGAAAAUGCAACUGCUUUAGGUGACGCUGUCAAUACUACGUCAACAGCUGCAAGUUCAUCUAUUUCGUCUUCGAGUCAAGCUGUCAAUACUAAACCUUCAGCGACAAGUGCUUCAGGUACAACAAACGCACCUAGUACAACCUGUGAUGACAAACAAAGGGACAUCAUCUUUCUCCUGGACGCAUCUGAGAGCCUCACGUCCGAGAACUUCAAAACGAUGCUCGACUUCACUGCCAGUUUGGCGGCACUGUUCGAUCUUGCAGACGACAAGACGAGGUUUGGGGCUGUGGUGUACAGUAGUGAGGUGGUCAAGGUUUUCGAUCUACACACAUACACAACAGAACAGAAAAUAAGAGAGGCCAUACAGGGGGCGCCAUUCCUUGAGGAGGGCACCAACACAACCAAGGCCCUACGGACUGUGGUCGAGAACAAUUUGUUCGGCACCUCUCACGGUGGACGGGGGUCGGCCGUCAAAGUUCUCGUUGUUGUCUCAGACGGCGGUUCACACGAUCCUAACGGCACCCGGACUAGCGCCAAAGUCCUACACAGUAGCGGUGUGCAGGUAAUAUUUGUGGCUGUCGGGACAAAGGUCUCUGCUGAAGAGAGACGGGACAUCGCCAGUGAUCCUUCUGGCGUCAUCAACGCCACCAGCUUUUACGACUUGCCAAGCAAACAGAGCGACGUCCAGAAGCAGGUCUGCCAACUCUCCGCCGGAAAAAGUUGCACCAGUUCUGCAGACAUCAUCUUUCUGCUAGACUCCUCAGACAGCUGGCAUGAGACUGGCUUCGGGCUUGAGAAACAGUUUGCAGCCGAUCUCUCGGAGAUGUUCAGCCUCGGCCCGUUGUUCUUCCGUUUCGGUGCCAUUGUGUUUGGAACUCAGAUCGACAAGAGGUUCGACUUGAAGAACUUCAGCGACCACGAAUCGCUUACUAGUGCUCUGGUGAACUCACCUUACUUAUCAACUGGGUCAAACACAACCCAGGCACUGAAAGAGAUUAUCUACCAGGGUAUGUUUUCACCGGCAGCUGGGGCCAGGGACGGUACAGCUAAGAUCGUCAUCUUAAUCACUGAUGACAGUGUCAUGCCGGACACACUGAAGACCGCCAUCAACAUACGAGACAGAGGCAUCCAAAUCAUCGCCAUUGGAGUGAGCAGCUCGGCUAAUCUGACGGAGCUAGAGGAAAUCACGGGAGAUCCCAAGAAUGUUUUUAACGCGUCCGAUUCUAGUCAACUCCAUACACACCUUGAUGAAGUUCACGAUAGGGUUUGCGAAGCUUCGAAAUUGCCAGGUGGCACAAGUUGUAAGAAGGUGGCCGAUGUAGUAGUCCUGCUGGACACCUCUGAGAGUAUGUACGGGGAGAGGUUCGAUGUUCAGCUCAAGUUCGCUUCGGAUGUCAUCGACAGAUACGAUGUCGGGCCGACGGACUUCCGGUUCGCUGCCGUCAGCUACAGUUCUUCGGCCCAAGUGGUUUUUCAUCUAGGGAAAUAUGAAAAUAAAACGGAGCUAGAAGACGGUUUGAGAGACACACCGUUCCUGGAUGGUGGUACCAAAUUUGACGUUGCUUUGAAAACAGUCGUUGAUCAAGACAUGUUCAGCAUUGCUAACGGAGGACGGGCCAACUCCGUCAAGAUUAUUCUUAUUUUGACCGACGGUACAUCUAAAAACCUGACAACAGCUGCGGAAGCCGCAAGAGCUGUAAGGAGCCGUGGCAUACAGAUCAUAGCAGUCGGUUACGGUCCUGAUGUUAAUGAGACUCUGCUGAAAGAGAUGACCAACGACAAUUUUCUACAAGUCACAAACUUGACUCAACUCGAUACAACUGUGCAGGCUGUGAACGAAAUUAUCUGCAAAUUGGAUGUCGUGGUGAGAGAAUUGUGCGUGGAUAAUGACUGGGCUGACGGCUACUACUCACUGCCCUACACGUGCGAGAAGUACGUCAUCUGUAAGGACAACAAGACUACCAUUGUAACCUGUGACAGCGGCCUCAUCUAUGACGCUCAGCACAAGUCAUGCGUGCAGCCCUCGCCCGUGGCUUGGUGCAACAUUUCAGAUGUCUCCUACGUCUGCAAAUACAACGUGUGGGGGGACGGGCUGUUCGCUCACCCUUACGACUGCAACCUGUACCUGAACUGUAGCAGUCAGGACACCACCAUAGAAAACUGCCCGACGUUUCAGUCGUUUGACCCACAGCUCAAGAAAUGCGGGAGUCACGUGACCUCCACUACUUGCCAUGACUGGCAAAAGAUCGACCCUAGCAAGGUAUGUACCACCUUUAACCUGCACGAAAACGGCGUCUACCCCGACCCUAACGAGUGCUCCCGCUUCAUCACGUGUGCCGCAGGGUCAAGCUACGUGUACGAGUGCCCUGACGGGCUGAGGUUCGACACGGUUCAACGAGUCUGCGAAAUCCAGUCGAACGUCGACUGCACCAAGAACUACGGCUUCUCCUUCAGUAGUAGUAAAUAGAUAUAUGAUGGUCUUGACUUGUGCCGGUAUCAUUAAAUCAGGCUACCUUUUUACACUAUAUAUUCAUAUUUUCUAAAUCUGUCCUUGUUUUAAAUUGUGAUAUGAUUUAACUUUUAUUUUAAAAGAUAAUACGAUUAACCUUUAUCACCGUUUACUAAUCACACAUUGCUUAACAUAUACGCGGAGUAUGAUCUGUAUUAUACAUUGUUCAAUGUUUGUUUUUUUCACUAUCAGCCAGAUCUGCACCUAAUAAUGUUCAAUAAACAGUCAUUACCACUG